UUCAAGGAAGACAAGACCUUAAUCGGGCCAUACCAGUGCUCUACAUAUAUCACUACAACCCUUAAAGAAAACAGUGCAGGAGGAGGAGGAGCAAUGGUGGAUAUGGCGCCAGGUUUUAGGUUCUACCCAACUGAGGAAGAGUUGGUUUCAUUCUAUCUGCAAAAUAAGCUUCAAGGAAGACAAGACCUUGAUCGGGUCAUACCAGUGCUCUACAUAUAUCACUACAACCCUUGGGAUCUCCCACAAUUUGCAGGAGAGCGGUGUCGCAGAGACCCUGAGCAAUGGUUUUUUUUUAUUCCUAGACAAGAGAAAGAGGCCCGUGGAGGGAGACCAAACCGACUCACUACUUCUGGAUAUUGGAAAGCUAUUGGCUCUCCUGGUUAUGUUUACUCUUCUCGUAACCGAGUUAUUGGAAUGAAGAAAACCAUGGUUUUCUACAGAGGAAGAGCUCCCACAGGAAGAAAAACGGAAUGGAAGAUGAAUGAGUACAGGGCCAUUGAAAGAGAAGCAUCAUCAAGCAGUGCAAUUCCGAAGUUAAGACCAGAGUUUAGUUUGUGCAGAGUGUACAAAAAAUUAAAAUGUUUGCGUGCAUUUGAUAGACGACCAUCUCCAGAGGUGCCAGUGACAGGCCAAGAGGCAAUGGUUCACCAAGUUAUAGCUCACCAUGGUACUGAGGCAACAACAUCUCAUCAGAACCGUCCAACCAUGGAGAGAUUUUGGUUAAGACCAGAGUUUAGUUUGUGCAGAGUGUACAAAAAAUCAAAAUGUUUGCGUGCAUUUGAUAGACGACCAUCUCCAGAGGUGCCAGUGACAGGCCAAGAGGCAAUGGUUCACCAAGUUAUAGCUCACCAUGGUACUGAGGCAACAACAUCUCAUCAGAACCGUCCAACCAUGGAGAGAACAGGCUCACCAGAGUCCUCCGAUGAAGAUCAUCCUAAUCCUUCUAAAGCUGUGAGAAGUGAUAACUUGGAUAUGGACAUUGGCAAUGAGCCUUUGUGGGAUUGGGAACAUCUUAAUUGUUGGUUGGAUUCAGAGAAUAUGUUGUUGCUACAUUGGUUUUUGUUUCUUGUGGUUGUUUUUUCGGUUGGCAUCUCACCAACUCUCGAUGCUGUGCUUGCAGAUAUUGAGUUUAUAUUAUCUGGAGAACAUUUAGUGAACAUAGCUGUGAUGAAUGAGAUAUCAAUGCUGACUUCUUCUAAAGCUGAGACUGCAGCUUUGGCUCUGCCUCUAACUGUGAUUGUGGCAACUGGGUAUGUAUCUUAG